ACUCAUGGCAGACCACGCCCCCCCAUUCGCAUCCUGCGCUCAUCAACUGUACCGCCCGGGCCGUUUGCAUGCGAGACAGAGGCAGACUGCAGGCUCAUACAGACGAGUCCGAUUUAAAUUAAGCACCGGAUAACAGACAGCAAGUGUGCAUCCUUCGGCGAGGAAGGGAGGGAGGGAGGGAGGAGAGGGAGGCAACUAUUUAGUACCUUAGUGCCCUGGGUUAGGAGAGGGGGAGGAGGAGGAGCGGAGAAUGAGCUAUUCUUGUACCAGCAGAGGCAGCAGCCAGGACCCAUCGAGCGCUAAGAAGCCUGCCGGUAAUAAUCCGGCCAGAGACACCGGAGGCGCAGACAGCACCAGCAACGGCAGUCCGACGCAAACGGCGGCGAUGAAGGUGAAGAAGGGCUGCAACUCGGCCGACGUGGGAGUCCCGGUGACCACGGAGGAGGACCUGCUCGCGAGCGCGGUGAUCACUCCGGAGGAUGUGCUGGGUUUGCAGAAGAUCACAGAGAGUAAGUUGAGAGAGGAAAAAAAACACGCAGGUCAAUAAUCACAGCUGCUGGGUGAGUCAUGAUCGGCGUCAUUACCGUGUCCCCCCCCUGUUUAUGUAAUGUGUCCAGGCCCCAGUUUAACACAUGGUGAGGUGUCUGUCUGACAAGCCCCUCUUUCUGUGGGAGAUGUCCAAGUGUCUACACGUGCUUUUAAAGGCUCCUUUACAAGCAUGUUGGCAGCCCUGUGACCCGUGGAGAGGAGGUCACAGUCGGAUGGAGUUAUGAUGAGGUUCAGUCUAGCAAAGAAAACCAUGGAGUGUCUUCUUCUUUUCUCAUGAUCAGCCAAGAGAAGAGAGUUAGGUGUUGUUAUUGUCAUCCAAAAUUUAUAGAUAUCCUAAUUUAACGUAACUCAAUAACAAUGAAAUGUACAAUCUGCUAUCCGGUAGAACUGAUAUUUGUUUGUGGUUGCAAGUCUUCCUGGGGUCCAAAAACUUAAAAACACAAUACAAUUACAUUUCAACAAUUAAUUAGUAAUAAAUACAAUUACAAAUUCAAUUCAUGAUUCUUCACAAUAUUAAAACAUUAAAAUCACUCCAAAAUCUUUGCUUUUAUAGUUCAUUCAUUCAUACAGUUUUGUUUUAAAGUCCUUUUAAAAUAAAACCUACUGCUUAUUUGCUGUGUUGCUCCAAGGCAGAUGAGUCCACAUUUCCAAAGAUUUAAAUAACACUGUUCUCCUCAGAUAUUGGACAUUUACAUGACCAGAGCUAACCUGCCCAGUGAUAUUUACAAUGACUGCAGCAGGAUAAAGACACAAACCAACAGGAGAGAAAAGACUUAUAUGACAAAAACUUUCAGAAACAAUAUGAAAGUUUGAAAAUAAUCAAUAAAAGAUCCCUUUGUAAUCCAACUAAAGGUCAAAUUAAGUUUUUUUCCCCCUGAUAAUCCUCACUUCUGCGAUUAUUCUUUCCUUUUUUUGUGCAGUGAGAGUUUUUAAAGCUAUUGAAUAAUGUUAAAUCUACAAACUGUGUCAUAAAGUAACAGGCCAUAGUUUUAAUUUAACAAGUAACCAAAGCUGAAAAUUAAAGUGUGGAGGAAAGGAAUAGUAACAAACGUCAACACAUUAAAGCUGUCUGUCCUAUAGGAUUUGAGUCUUAGCCUGCAAAUCACGGCCUGCAGCUUAUUUUAAAAACACUUAAAGGUUUUUAGUGUUUAAAAUUGGAAAUAUUCUGCAUUACCAAGCAGUUAGAUCCCAAGUUAAAGUCCCUUGUUCACCCCUCUUUUUGGUGAAGUUCCGGAAGCGUUUGGGGGCAGAAAGCUACUGUGAGACAUGCGUUCUUCUAUUUCUCAAGUUUUUUACCACCAACAACCUCUUUUUCUUUGUCUUAUCGUUCAACUGCUAUAUUUUGCGCCACCACUCAUGAUAUCCAAAGAUGUGAAUGUCACUGAAAGGCACAUUUUAAGUGAACAAUAACAGAAUUAUUUUUCAUUUUCAGGUGAUUACACACCACUCACUGCACCUUUUGAUAUCAAAGAAAAUGUGAAAAUUGGGGAUCCAAUUUCAGAAAUUUUGUUUUGCUGUAGCUCUGAAGACAACACUGUAAUUUCCAUGUAUUUUGUGUGCUCAUCAAUGCACCGUUCAUUGUCUCUUAUAAAUCUUGUCAAGCCGAGGCGUAAACACUUGAAACACAAAUACAUGCUGCAUUUUCAGUCCUGAGAAAAAUCACUGGCUCUGCUUGUUUAUUAUGUGACAAUCAAUCAAGGUGCACUUUUAAAUAUGUUACAUGUCUAAAUCAAGCCUCUUAUAGAGAAAUACAAGGAGAGAUAGCCGCCAGUAUAAGCUCUUAUGUGCACAGGAACACCUACACCCAUCUCCACCUCAGCUCCCAAAGCAGUCGUUAGCUAACAGGUGGCCAGCAGGGCAUUUGACUAUUUAAAGGCCGGCAUAAUACCUCACUUACACAACACGGUUACAUUGGGCGUUAAAGGGUGUGGUUACAUGCAAACACCAUGCUGGAUUUUCUCGUAGCUAUUUUCGAAAGUGUUUGGUCACCUAAACUCACGUGGUGCUUUAUAUGAUGGUUGUGUACCUGUUAGGCUAACACGUGUGACUGUGCCACUGAAAUACAGUCACUGAUAGUGCUAUUCCUGUGUCAAAGACAUCUUUAUUCAAAUCCUACUCUUUCAGUUUUCUCCUUAUUGUUUUCAUUUGGCUGAAAAUACAGAAAGUUAUAAUAUAACUAAAAUAUACAAGGAAAAUUGAGAUGUUGCUUGUCUAGUUUAGCGUGAACUCUGAGGAUCUCUGAGGACAUCCUCUUCCGGCUCUCACUGUACAGUCUGCUGGUUCCUUUUAAUAGCCUUAAACUUGUCCUUUGUGAGGACAGCCGAUUAAAGGGAUAGUCUGGAAUUUUUUAAGUGGGUUUUCUAUUGGCUGCUUAUCGAUAUUAUGUGUGUGUCCAGUAUCUAACGUACACAGCCCCUGUUUAAGAUGAUGUCUGGAAAAACACUGAGGCAACUUAAAAAAAAUCUUUCACAUAAAAAAAAUCAUUUUGAGUCAGUUUUUAUCGCUUAUUUUUCUUAUUAGAUCACUUGAAUAUCUGACAGCCUUUACUUUUGGGACUGUUUCUAAUGAUACAAAUAUUCUGUAUCCCUCCACAUGCAUCUUACAGUUCAGGUGAGCAUUUGAUUAUUCUCUAUUUACAAAUAACCAGGAAGUCCUCUGGUAUUAUGUUUGUCAUCUUAAGUUGUAUAAAUCAGUUGUGUAUCUGUGUGCUUUUGUGUAAACGUUUCAGUCAGCAAAAGCUUGCAUAACACAAUUCAACAUGAUGGUACCCCAGUUCCUGUCUGUGGUAAUCUGACAACCAUGUACUUGUAUUUAAAUGUGUGUAAAAGCUCAUACAGUUCAAGGCCUCUGUCAGCCACAGGUCCUUCGUUUUGAUUGGCUAGAGAUUAGGUUAGAUUUCCCAGCAUCCUUGAAUGCAUUGGAAGUUGUUGACCUUAACUCUGUGCUACAAAAGAAGCGUUUUAAAAGUUGUUUUCUUUCAGAGGACCAAAGUAUAUUUUCUAUUUCAGCACCAUUAAUUGGAAGUCAUUCAUGAGGGAAUUGUUUUUUCCAGGCUAACAUGAGCAAGAGUAGAUUCUUGCUGCUGUUGAACUGAGACUCACCAGAAACAGAUGAAGAGGGGCUAGUCAAGGAUAUGUAAUAGACCAGCACAGAUUGGCAUUUUGUAGAAGAGACAACACAAAGUAGAAAAAGUAGAGCGCAAACUUUGUUAGUACUUUAAGUUUAUCUACAUGUGAAUUUAAGUUUGUUUGUUUUUGUCUGUAAAAGCGUUCAGCUAGUGAACUUACGAGUGAGUGAGUGAAUACGUGAGCAUCAUUGCUCGGCUGAACAGAAACAUGGUUUUAACUCUUGUCUCCCACGCUGGAGCUUAAUAUGGUCAAGGAAACCCUCACUUUUCUACCUCACAGCGUCAUCGCAGGAGGUAAAAGGAGGAGGCAUGCGUGAAUCACCACAGUAACGUGGAUGCACGCUUGAAUCACUACGGCAACGUGAAGCAUCUCUGGCUACAUGCAGCCAGGACUGCAUCUCUUCUCCCACACACUUCCUCCUUUAUUUUCCUCUUUUACCCUCCGUGUUUAACACAGCAGCUGUGUAGUUCCUCACACACAAACGGACAGAGGUACACUCACACUGGGGGGUCAAACAAAGCAGGUAACCUGCGCUCUCUCCUGAGAGCCCACUAAAGCCCUGCUGAUGUUUUGUGACUUGUCUCUUUCUGCUGCACAUUCUCAAGUGGCUGAAAUUGAUUCCUUUUUUAAGUGGCAUGAUAUAUAGCCAACAGUACCCAACACAUCCCUGACAGAAUCAACAACACCCCAGAGCCGAGCACUUCUUCCUUGUUUGGAGCACAGAUGUCUCAGAGGAGGGGAAACUUUCUGAGUAAAAUUGACUUUAAAGUUGCCAGGAAUCAUUUAGAGCUCCAUCUGGUAAUCAAAGCAAGCUGCAGAGCCUGAUGAAGAUUUGCAGAGACAGAGCGAGCCUUCUGCUCAAUCCACUGAUCUGAUACAAACUUAUGCUCUUAACUGAGUCUUAAUCUGUCGAGUCGCAGUGGGACUCAUUGCAGCUCUCGGUGACUGAAAGUCCUCUCUGCAAACACUCGUGUCUGCUGCUGACAGUCUGAAAAUCACAUUUCUGUUUCAUUUAGAGCAACAAUGACUUAAUCAGGUGAAUGACUAAUAAUGAGAGAGUGCUACAACCCUCAACAAACAGCUUUGAUUAUAAUUAUAAUGGUAUAAAAUACUAUUAAAUAAAUAAAUAAUAUUUCACAUAUAACAAAAAAUUGUGAUAAGAAGUAGAAGUGGUAACCUAUAGGGGUGGGAGAAAAAAAUGGAUACCGCAUAGUAUUGCGAUAUUUUACCAAGAAUCCAUUUUUCAAAUUAAUUGCUAAUUUAAAGUCAAAUCUAUGAUAAUGGAAAUAUAAAACCAACCGUUUGUCCAGUGAGGUUGGCAGAGGUGACGUCAUAGAGCAGGAGAAAGUUAGUGCAACAAAUAAGGUUUGUAAGAUGUGCUACAUGAAAAUAAAAUACAGCGUUAAUAAGACAAACAUAAAAGAAAGACAAAUGAUAAAUUAGCUAAAAUGUAAAAAACUGCAAUAAUCAUAAUCAUAAUAAUCAAUAAUCAUAUCAUGGCCCAAGUAACGUGACAAAAUUGUAUCGUGGGGCCACUGGUGAUUCCCACCCCUUAGUAACCUAUGUAUGAUAUAAAAUAUAGACAUGUUUAUAAAAGUGUCAAUCUAGAGGGUGAUACCUGCAUGUUGUGCAUGUUUGGUUUAUUGCAGGGAGGUCUUCUGCUGAUACAAGUUAACAUUAAGAACCUACAUGUACAGUAAAGAUAGACUGAUGAAAUGGUCGGUUGAUUAAUCAAGACGAUUUACGGCAUUUUGAGCUCAUCGUGAUCAUAUUAGGCGAUUCAUUGAGACAGAGUCUCAAAGAUUUCGUCGAAAUGAAAACACAUUUUCCUCAUCCCCCAUGACAGCAAAUCAAAUCUUACACAGUCACUGACUAGUUCAGUAUCGAUUCUGACAUAAAUAAUAAAUAAUAAUAAUAAUACAUUUUAUUUAAAAGCGCCUUUCUGAACACUCAAGGACACUGUACAGGGCAUAAAAACACAGUUAGAAACAUAUUUAAAAUAAAUAAAAACAACAUACAAGUGUGAAAAUAUCAGCUAUGUUCUAUAAUGAGCAUUCAAUAUUGGAUUUAUACAUCACUUCCUUUUUGCCAAGGGAUUUUUGUGUUUUUAUAAAUCACAUAAACUAACAAUAAUCAAUGUUAAUUACAAUAUCUUCACUUAAAAAAAAUAACCAAUAAUGCUCAUCAUGCCACACAUAAACAGGUCUGAUCGUAACUCUAAUUUGAAAAAGUGAGUUAGCUUAAUUUGAUUCAUUCUCACGCUGAAUUACAGCCUGAUUAAUAUCUGCUGAACAGCCACGUUUCAGAUUUUUAAGAUUAAAUGAAACCAUAAUCUCUCAGAUUUCCUGUUAUUGUUCACACGUUUUUUAAACAAAGACUGGGUCUAGUGGAACACAAAGUCAUGACAGAAGCAGAUGAUUUAUAGCGUGUGUGUUUCAGCGAAAGAGUAAGAUUGUAAGACACAGGUGCGAUCAUGUUGACGCUGGCAGCAUAUAGAAAACAUCCUUUUGUUUGUCAUCAUUAUUAUAAUGUUGUGAAUACAGGUCACUGUCUGUUUAUUAGGUGAUGACACCAUGCUGCAGACGACUUUUGAAAAUUGACCAUUAUUACCGCGUCAGUUUUACUUUCAGAUAUUGAUUAAUUAUGGAAAAAAAUUAUACCACAAAUAUCUCUUUGUUAUUUCUGAGUCAAGGGUGAGGUUUACAAGAUGUCUGAAGCAUCCACCUUUGUUCUCACUGCCACACCACACACAGAAAACAGCACAGUGUAUUUCUUAGUGGCUGUUGUAACAUCACAUCAUCUCAGCUGUGGUCACUCUUCUGUCCGUCUGAGAGAAAUCAACAUGCAUCUACUCACAUUCACUGCCAGUUCUGCUUGCUGAAGCAGUUUCACAGCUUUAACUGACAUUUCCUGAGUCUCAUCUUUAAAAGGACCAUGCUGUUUGUUCUUAUCGGCUUUUUUUCUUUGUGACAGACAGAGCUACAAACCACACUGUGUGAAAACUAUAAGGUCGCCGGUGUGACGGGAAAAUAACCCCAUGAUGAUCUGUGAGAAUCAACAGUUUGACAAACCACAACGUGUGUUAAGCAUGAAGAGCUCAUAUAACCCACUCAGGCCCACAGUGUUGUCGGUGAAGAUCAGAUACAGCCUGCAUUGAGAAGUUAAAAAGAGUGUCAGAUGAUUCAAAAAAGGCCUCCUUCAUUUGUUGACCACAUAAAUGUCCGACUCCUUUUUUCUCUUCUUUGUCUGUGAAGCUGUUUGUCGGUGUCUAAAGGGUGUCGGAUGCAUCCUGACCGUGUUGUCUCAGGUUGUCCCUCUUCCCUUUUUUCCAUAUCUGGUAUUUUUGAUCCUGAGUCUGAAUCUAUAACCAUUUCUGUCUUAGCUCUGUUGCCAUGACGCUGUGGUCAUCAGCAGACAAAUUCAGGUCAGUAAGGCAGCGAAGGAUGCGCCAUCCUCUCUGCGUGCUCUCAAACUUAAUCACAGAGUGUUUAGAGGAGGAAAUUAUUUCAGAGUCGGUUUUCUGUUGAUCUGAAGAGGAGAAAAAAGAGUACCAAUGUGCUGUUAUUUAACACAUGAGUUUUAAAUAACAGUGUAUUGUUUAUCCUAUGUUAAAACGAGCACAUAACACACCUAACCUAACGACAGAUUAUUUAUUUCACUGAAGACCUAAAUGUAGACAAAUUACAACCGAUCCCAAUGGGCAGAAAACCUUUGUGGUUUCAGACUUAGAAAGUCAAAACUUUACACUAAAUUUUCUCCCAAUGAAUGAAAGUUGUUUCAGGUUUUCAAAACUCCGUAUUUUUCCACUGUUUAAUUGGUAAAACACACUGAAAUGGGAUUUUCUUGGCUGUUGGACUUCUUAUCAGUCUGCGAUUCUACAGUUCAUGAUUGAUAAUCGAUCUGAUUAAGGGUAGGAAUCAAAGUUAAGGAAGCUCUUUGAAUGUGAACCAGUUCAUUUAGUUCAUUCUCAACUCAACUCAACUCAACUUUAUUUGUUAAGCACUUUAAAACAACCACAGCUGUACAAAGUGCUGUACAUAACUAGACAAAACAACAAGAUAAAAAACAAUCAAAAAACAAUUAAAAUAAUGGAUAAAAUAAAAGCAGAAUUAAAAGUAUAGUUUCAAUGUUUUUAAAAACUAAUUUAAAAACAUAGAAACAAACAACUAAAAACAAACCAUAAAACACUAAAACAGGAUUCUGUGAUAGCUGAACUUUGAGCUGGCUAUCUUUUAGUGUGACUUACACUGAUAAAAUAUGUCCUUGUGGUUUUUAGCAGCUGGAAACAGAGCUAGUUUGAACCACAGACAGAGGAUGAGAUUGAAAUCCAAAAGCGAGACAAAAAGAAAGCUGUCAGAAGCUACAGUUUUUCUACUUACCUCAGAUACAAAGAGACAUUGUCAAACAUCAUGAAAAUUCCCAUCAGUGUUUGAACAACUUCACACUGGAUCUUUAACCCAGAAUUUGUCAACUAUGACAGAUUAAUUUGUGUCAGUCGGGGUAUUAAGGGACCUAAAAUGAUGAGAAAAUUAGACUUUUUUUCAACAUCAUGUCACUGAAAAGCAGAGUAGUGUGAAGAAGGUAUAAGGUGAGGUUAGAUGGCUUUGUCAGAGUCCAAACCAAGACCAAGAUUAGGACAGCCGGCCUGUACGAGCACUGUUUACAAGUUAAUUUGCAAGAUUGGAACAAAUAAUGUGGGUUUAAUAUAUUUGAAUUAAAGAUAUUUAGAUAUGAGAGACAAACACUGAUAUUGUCAUGCAGCAAAUUUUUCAAUAUGUUUAUCCAAAAACAUCUCUAUAUAUUGGCGUCUUGUGGCGAGCAAUGCAAGGAAGAAAAAAUAAAAAGUGAAUUAGAGAUUACGUCAUCACAGAGGAUCUCCAUGAGUCCUCUUACAUCUUGAAACUGAGAGUUGGGUCACAUUUUGAUGAAAGAAUUGUCGCGUUACGACCCCACCUCACCCCUGCUGCUGUAAAUCCUCCCCUUCGCCGAUUAGUUGGAUUUGCCUUCAUACAUUAAACUAAACUGGAUUAGUUCUCCUGAGCCAUGUUGACUUAGGUCCCUUUGUCUGCCAAGUUUUCAAAAUAAAAGAAUAAAAGAUAAAGUGUGAACAGAGGGAGUUUGAGGACUCUGCUCUGUAACGAGACAGUCUCAUCUGUUUACUUGUCCACCUUCACUUCAAUCCGACCUUUUACCUGAGCCCUGAAUCACAGCUGUUGGGUGAUCAGGAGAGCAGGUGACAAAGUGUGUGGUUUCUAUGCCAACAGGACAGAGGGUUCAACGCCAGGGAAGAAGUGGAGGUCAAGCGGUACAGGAGCGACAGCAGAGAUGUACUCUCUGACCUGAAGGGAAGCUUACGGCACUUGAAAGAUAAAUGGAGUCGGUCAUGUCAAGCCAGGUUGACAGAAAUAACCGACAGCUGAAUCACGCCUGACAGAGGUGUGUUAAUCACUUUACUAGGAAAACAUUAAUCGCCAUCUUUUUGCUCAGAACCUUAAAUCUCUUACUUUGUGAUGUUUUCAACCAAGUCCUUAAUUUAAGUUUAUUUAAGUUUAUUUCUGUGGCCCAUCAGAACUUUUAUCUCUCAUGUCUGGUCAAGGCAUCCCCACACUUUCUGCACAGUAAGCUUUUCAGAUUGAGACCUGUUCAUUAUUAUCAGAUGUUUCCAGCAUGCAUGUUGUCUAAAGAGGCUUCUAAUAUAGUUUUAUUUGAUAUUUGUAAUGUCAAACCGCCCUCUGUAGAGUCUUCUGGAUCUGUCCCUGCAAUCCGUUAUCUGGGUGAGCUGCUAAAAGAAGCCCAGAGCUGUUUAUUUUGGGUGAAUCUAGGUCAUAUGGUACAGUAUUUGCCGGACUGUGGACUGUAGAGUCUGAUUUAUUACAGACCUUAGCAGGAAUGAGGGAUGUCAGCUGAAAGACGACACAAACAAAACACGUGAAGUGGUAAAAUCCAUCUCUCUCCUGUUCUGUCAUCGCUACUCUGCUGUCGUUUUGGUGCUACGGUUGACAUCGAGUUACCUUAUUUGUCGUAUUGAAGACGUAUCUUUCUAGAGGUUGUUGUGAUAUUAAGGCAAAAAAGCCAUCAUCACAAAUACCCGUCUUCCUCUCGCACAGUCAACCCUUCUUCAAACUUGUGGUACAGUUGGGCUUUGCGAAGAUGAGCACCCCCAGAGUGUUGUGUAUCAAAGAGAAAGACAGACCUACUUACCUAGAUAUCAUCCGGAUUUGAGCACAAACUGAAAAUAAUGAAGCCUCACCAGUCGGAUGCUUUAAAGUGUGAACUCACAAACUGCAGCUCUAAUUUAGUCUGUGUUUAGGAAGACUGAAUUGAUAAUGUCUCAAUCAAUUAAAACUUCUCGAGAGAGAGAGACAUGAACCGAAGCCAAAACACAAACUGCAGUUCGAGAAAAGACACUCAAACUGUUGUUCUGAUUUGCAGUCGUGGUAGUCUGCGUCUCCUUGAAUAGUAUCAUAGGCAUGUAUAAGAAACAUCAGAAGAGAGACGAAUGCAUUUAAUUCCGUCUGUAACAAGAAUCAAUCCUGGAUGCCUGCUCUACUGAUGAAGCCAAAAGUGCCUCUGACACUGAUAUGAUACAUCAGCAUUUAUCCACUCCAGUGAACAAAAAAUGCUCAUAGUUGCCAGGUUACCUUUUGCACAAACAAGCAAAAAAUGGAGACGGACCGGCAACUGGUGACAGAAAGCAAAAAUAGAAACUAGACAAUUAGGGUUUGGGCGGAGGAUUGCAGGGUGACGCAGACGCACAUGUAUGCAGCGCUCACAAAGUCAACGCUGGAGUAUAAACAAGCUGUAGGUAUUACACUGAACACAAGCCCUGUAGUAAUGUUCAUGCUGUCAUCACAUGAUUAUAAUUUACCCUUAAAAUGUGUUCAUGUUGUGAUUGGGUACCUUGUUUAGGUUGUAAUUUAGACAAAAGUCUAAAUUAAGUGAAAUAUUGAUAAUAUUGAUAAUAAUAUUCAGCUUUACCUGAGGGGGUCAGAAUCAGUGGCGGCUGCUGGUCUUUCAAGGAGGGGAAGCUCAUUUUUCUGGCCUACAUCAUAAUUGUAUUUGUUUAUUAGUAUGUAACAGAACAGAGUCGCCAAACACAACGGCAGUCGUUUUUAACAAAGACAAAAGUCGAUGAGGAUCGGUAAAGUCUCUGGAGCAGUUAAGAACAACGGAAUGAAUGACUUGGAAAAUGCUCUGGUAGAUGUUUUAUUCUUCAAGAUCGCUGAUUCGCUUAUUUAGCUGUCAAUCAAAAAAGGAUUUCGCCUCAGACAGCUCAUCCAAUCAUGAAUGCAGAAGCUUGGAGUCCGGGAGCAAGUCGGGACCGCCCUCUCGCCAUAGAACUCCAGUGAAGCUUAGCUUCCAUUGGGCGGGACAAAGCCCAGCAUUUAUCCAAUGAGCGUCUAGUUUCGCUGCUGGAACAACCCACUUUUAGCUUCCACAUUGAAGUCAGCAGAAGCCCAGCGUCCGACUGUUUGAAGCGCUGAGGCGCUGCGAGGAUGAAUGAGAACGAAGUUAUGCCGGUUACCUGUGAUUAUCAGCUUCUUAUCACAGUGUCUGAACAAAAGUUGAAGGCUUUCUAGUACGUAUUUAGUUAAUGAAUGUACACACAGCAGUACGUAUUUCACCACUUUUUCUUUUUUUUGGGGGGUGACAUUUUAAGGGAAGCUAAGCUUCCCUUGCAGUCUUAGAGCAAUCGCCACUGGUCAGAAUCUACAAUACACACUUUGAUCUCUCUCUCUCUCUCUCUCUCUCUCUCUCUCUCUCUCUCUCACACACACACACACACACACACUAAUAAAGAAAGCUCGUUCCGUCUGGGUGUUUAGAGUCACAGAGGGAGAUCUGACAGUGAUAAACUGGAGUCUGUGGCUUAUUAGCAUCUGGCAGCUAGUGAAGCUCAGCUGUUCAUGUGUGUAUGUGUGUUUCUCCGUGUGCUUGUGUUUAUCCUGGGGUAACAGACUGGGAGUGAAAUUUACUACGAGCACCUCAGGUUUUGUGAGGCAAAGCAAUCAUACACACACACACACACACACACCAAACUCUCUGAAUUAUGCUCAUUGUCCUCAUGGGACUUUAUGGGCUCUGAGGUUAGCGCAAGGUUAGCAAAAUGACACAGACAGCACCAGCUGUGGUCCAGGAUGUUGUACAUACACACACAAACACUCUUGUGCAGAAUAGUAAUUUAUCUUCACAUGUUGUGGAGGCUGAGUGAGUUUGUGUUUUUUAUUGUUCAUCUCCUUCAUGUGUGUUUCGUGUGAGUGAGGCGGUAAAUGGAGCAGGUUAUGCAAAGCUGAUGUGUUUCAAAGACACGACCUCAGCAUCCAGACUGACAGAGGAGCAGAAGCAUCACAGUGUUACAAUGAAUCAGAUCAUCUGUGUCAGGCACACACCUCUUACAGUAAACAGAGUUGACACCGCGCUGUGACUUUAGGGUACGGCUCUACUUCUGGGGAUGCUCCAUGAAUAUAUUAAAUCAAAAAUAACAUGCAGAGAGGAGUAUAAAUAAUCCUCAAGGGAGGGGAUUAAAGUGAAACUAGAAACACCGUUCAGGAAGCAAAAAGGCAACACGACCAUGAGGAAGUGACUCCACACACUUCUACACAAAAUGCUCCUGACCUACAUUUUAUUCAUGCCUCACUUUUUUUUUAAUGAAAGACGGUAAACUGAAUUCAAUCACCAGAACAGAAACUCUAGUGAGCAUUUUGGUAUCAUAGAAAUAAGGUUAUAGAACCACUAAUAAAUAAAGUAUCAUGUUUUUGCAGAGUGAAAUAAUCAAAACUACACUUGUAAAUCAUAGACUGUAUAGACUAUGGACAACUUGGUUCUGCCUCCCACCAGUACACGGAUUUGAAGCCAAAAAGCUCUCGGUAAUUCUGCGUUUUUUCUCCACUUCCUGAAACCAAUAUUGCGCUGUAGCGUUGUGUGCAUUUGGCGGGAGAGUCGCAGAGAGUCCCUGUGUUGACGCUCGGCUUAAACAGCGUUUCCCCCCGGGUGAGCUGCACAAUCUUCGUACGCCCAUAGGCUGUAUCAGGUGUCAAUCAUAGAAAACAUGAACCCACUAAUAACUUUUAAAAACGGAGCUGCACAGAAAAAAGAGGACUUGAGGCGGGAUUUAUGACCUAUACUGCAGCCCGUCACCAGGGGGUGCUGUUCUCAAGGUGGCUUCACCCAGACGGCGUCCAUUCUAUAUACAGUCUAUGUUGUAAAUAAAUAAGCAUGAUUGGAAUUGAAUUUUAUCUCUAAAUGUAACCCAUCUGCUAACAGAGGUAGGCUUUAGGACUUAUACUACAGUCAGCCAGCAGGGGGAGCAUCACAGUUUUUUAUAUUUUCCUUUUAAACACAGUAUGAGCGAUUAAAUGACCCCCCUGUGUCGAGUUAAACGUCCAUGUCUUGAUUUUUUUCCCCCUGUCGCCUCUGAGCUGACAGAUGUGGUUGGCAUCCUGUCAGCAGACGCGGCGGACAAAUAUUCCAGAGACGCAGAAGCACAUGCCAACACAUCAUCAGAUUUACAAACAUCAAAUGAGAUGGAAAACUCAGAGAUAAUGUUAUGACAUGAUCUGUAAUUACACACCUUUUCUGACUCCCUGUCUCUCCUCCUGGCUGCUCAGACCUGCUGUGAUUCAUGUUUAAACCCCUGAGACGUGUUACCCAGAUUGAUAUCUGACUUUCGUUUUCAUCCUGUGAGAUCUCACACGACAAAAGAGGGAUGUUGUAUUUACACCUGCUGGCUAUUGGUAUCAUCAGAUCAGUCAGGAAACAGGAAGUGUCUGCUGCGCUGGGGAACGCUAAUAAGCAGUGGCACAGCCUGGAGAGGGCAGGAAGGAUUAGAGGAAUAAAAAUAACUCUUUCUAACUGUGUGCAUGUGCGUAUGUGUGUGUGUGUGAUUCAAUGACUUCUUUAACAUGGUUUUUCACUCACUGUUAGGUCUAAUAUUUACUUCAUCUGUUUUGAGAUUAGAUCCAAACUAUUAUCCAAUUUUUUUUACUACUGCAGAACUGUUGAAGGUUAACUUUAGGUGUGUAUUUUUGCUUUAAAUGAUCUAAAUUGUCACCUAUGCUUUUGAUUUUUAGUAUUUUUAUUGUUGUGUUAUUUUAUUACUGUAGGCUGACAAUAAACUGUGUAAUAAGUUGUAGUGCAGUCACCCUCCACUGGUGGGGGCUGUAACUCUGUUUGAUGACGAGUACCAGACCAAUGUGGACCCAGACAUGUGAGGUUUAAUAUCCACAUGUUAGGAACCAAAGGCUGCUGUUAAAUACAUCAAACCAUUUUACAGCUUUUUGACUACAGAUCAUUCCUGCUCAAAGAAUAGAGUCAAUCGAAGUUAUUAUUUUCCCCCUUUUUUAAACCAACUUUAAUAACCAACCGCUAUUUGUUUUCUGCUCUACGUUCAGGGAUUGAAUUUCUAUGCAAAUGUAAUUUUCAAAAAAAUAGAAACUAUCUUAGAAGCUGAGAAAAAGUAUUAAAUAUGAGAUCAAAUACAGGUAUGUGGAUUUCCUCUAAAAGAUGGGGUUUGUUUUUCGUUUGUGUCUCUGGCAUUUUCACAUUCAUGGUUAAAAUCAGACCUGUGUUUUACAGUUUUUCUCAGUCGCUUUGGUACAUUUCUCGAAUCAUCCUCGACAUUUGCAAAACAGUAAGUCCUUUUCUCAAAACAAUUUGUACAAACAGCAAAAUACCAUGGAUUACCUGCAAAAGCCAGUCUCUUGCUCAAAAUCCUUAGUACAUCUCUCAAAAGUAAAUAUCUGUGUUAAUGAACAUGUCAGUGCCAUCAGAAUGACAAGUCCUUGUGUCAUUGUGUAUGGAUAAGACAGUCAAAUUGCUUAGUCAUGUUGUCAAUAUAACAGUGUACUCUGGAGGGAUGUUCUGAUGUAAACUAUGGCUAAAGUUUUGAUGACAAUCAUUGUAAAUUGUAAGUUACACCUCAGUGUAUGUGGGAGAUUGAUUGCAAGAGACUGUAAUUUGAUGACAGACCAUGUCAUUGCGAUACAGAAAAGAAAAAGACAGCACUGCAGAGCACAAUAAAAAAAAACAAAAAAACAAAAGUAGAAAUGUGAACAUACGACAAUUUCCUUAGGGAAAACUGGAAAUGCAGUGCUGUAGGAAUUACAGUACAGUCUUCCUACACCUCCUGAUGUUCCUGUCUGUUGGGCCACAAAUUCUUAUCCACAAAAUGUCACUCAUCCAAAAUGUCACUGUAUAUAGUAUACUUACUGUAUAUUGUAAAAUGAAAGUCGAAUACUGCAAUAUUGUAUGAAGCAUUACAGAAAGUAUACAGUAUUACAGUACAGUGCCUAUUGUUAGAAUACAUACCUGUUCUGUCAACGAAAAGUCUGAAUGAUUGAGGACACAGUUGUUCUCCCAACAUUUGGCUGCACCCUUUGGCCAGCCUCAGCCAUUGUAAGCCCAUGAUUGAGAACGUGGUCUACAAGUGUAGCUCUUAUCUCAUCAGGAAUGCACAUUUGUCCUCUGCCUCUUCUGCCUCUUUCUCUGUUUUGCCUCCCAACUCCUCCGCCACGCAGCCUCACUCCUCUUCCUCUUCUUCUCUCUGGCUGUUGACCCCAUCCAAUUCCUUGUCCUUCCAUUGUCAGACAUUGUAACAUUGUGUUGUGCUCCGGCAAUAUAUAUACUUGCCAGUUGAUGGUUCAUGAGAUGCACCUUUGAGCUAUUUCAGAAAAGUGGUUGAUCAUUGGUUGAUCUAAUGCUUCACACAUUUCCCAUCGUUAGAGAAAGUCAAGAUUCACCUGGGAGCAAUUUACCAAUUCAGGACAGAUUCAGAAACGUCUGAUGGAAAUGUAUAGAAAUAUGCUUGACAUAUUAUGACAGCUUGUUCAACCAUUUUGCAUGUAAAGACAAUGAACUAAUGCCUAAAUGUUGAGGGAGGUGAGACUAUUCAACAGAGACCCAUUAUAAAACAUUUUGAUCAACAUGAUAUAAGCAAUUGAUAAUGUAGAAAACAGCAGAAAAUUGUACAUAAUCAAUUGCAUGGAUGUACCAAAGCAUUUGCAAGUUGUUCAAAGAAAUGAGAAACUGCUUUUUUGAUGUGCACAAGUGGCACAAUGAUGUGAAGAUUGAACACGUAGUUUUGAGAAUUUCAAUUCUGAUCUGAGAAAUGUACCAAAGCGACUGAGAAAAACUGUAAAGCUGAAGAGUGCAAACCUUAAAAAACUAGUUGUAUUGUUUUUCUAUGUCCUAUUGGCCAGUGUGUGAAAUAACAAGACCGCCUGAUGGAUUUACAGCUAAAUUAAUCAAUGAGCUCAGGAAACUCCAGAUUUUAAAAAGUCUCCAAAAUAUUGGGGUCUUUUAUCUGUUCCUCUCAGUCAUACUUCCUGACAUUUUGAUCAGGUCAUGAAUUUAUUUGCUCAUGAAAUUAGUGCCUCGUUUAACUACUUUGUAUCUAAUCUGUGACUCUCCUCUCUGUUUCUCUCUCUCUCAGAUUAUCUGUGCAGCCCAGAAGAGAACGUUUACAGCAUUGACUUCACCAGGUUUAAGAUUAGAGACAUGGAGACAGGCACUGUGCUUUUUGAGAUCACCAAACCUCCAUCUACAGGCGAGUCACAGCACUGCUUCACAGAUGUAAUUCAUUCAUCCUUUACAGACUUUAAAAAAACAAGAUACAAGGAAGUGGAACACACACACACUGAACACAUCCAUAAACCUGAAGAAACAGUGAUACUCUGUUACUCUGAUGUUUGAAACUAUAGAUUUUCUUGUCUUGCAAGUGACGUGUUUUCGAUUAUGAACCAGUUUCUUAUUCAGUCUACCUCAGGAUUUUCAUGUCUAAAAAUGUUAAAACUGUUUAUUUUGUUUUUCUUUACACAAACUUAUUCCCACCUUAGACAAAGCCGGUGAGAGGAGAGAUAUUGACCCGAACGCUGGCAGAUUCGUCCGGUACCAGUUCACCCCUGCUUUUCUCAGACUUCGGCAAGUUGGAGCUACGUAAGUGUGAACAUCUGUGAAACCUGAUUUUCUAAUCUGCUCGAUAUCUAUCCAACUCACAGUUUCUCUACUCUGUUGUCUGUGUGCUUUGACCCUUCAGGGUGGAGUUUACAGUUGGAGACAUGCCGAUUGACAACUUCAGGAUGAUCGAGAGGCAUUAUUUCAGGGAGAAGCUGCUCAAGAGCUUUGACUUUGAGUUUGGCUUUUGCAUGCCCAGCAGCAAGAACACCUGUGAACACAUCUAUGAAUUCCCCCCUCUGUCAGAGGACAGCAGUAAGUAAAACUAUGUGGAUGUGCUGUGUUUCUGCUCGCCGAUCAACUUCUGCUUUCCUCGAAUUUUCACAUUCGACCUUUUCACUACGACAAAACAAUAACUGCUCAUUAAUACCUGCUGGAAGUGCAAACGUGUAUUUCAGACAUGAAUUCAUAACUGUCUGUUGAAUAAAAUACAAAAGAAAAGAAAAGAAAUGACUAGAUGAGGUCAAAUAGAUAAAAAUAGAAUAGAAAAGAAUAGAGAGGGAAAGAGAAGAAGAGAAUAAAAGAGAAUAGAGUCAAAUAGAAUCAAUAAUAAUAAUAGAAUAUAACUGAAGAGAGCAGAGUAGAAUAGAGAGGAGUAAAAUAAAAUUGAAAAUAGAAUCGAACAGUCUAGAAUAGAAUACAAUAGAAUCAAAUAAAAUAGAAUAGAGUAGAAUAGAAUAGAAUAAAAUAAACUAAUACAGAGUAGAAUAUAAUAGAGUAGAAUAAAAUAAAAUAUAAUGGAGUAGAAUAGAAUAAAAUAAACUAAUACAGAGUAGAAUAUAAUAGAGUAGAAUACAAUAGAAUACAAUAGAAUUGAAUAGAGUAGAAUACAAUAAAAUACAAUAGAAUCAAAUAAAAUAGAAUAGAGUAGAGUAGAAUAGGAAAAGCCAGAGUUGAAUAGAAUAAAAUGGAGUAAAAUAAAAUUGAUGAGAAUAGAAUAGAAUUGGACGGUAAAGAAGAAUAGAAGAGGACAGAGUAGAAUAGAAAAGAAUAGAAAAACUAAAUGACGACAGUGUUUCUUCACUUUUCACUCGUAGUGUAGUCAUGUAGGUCACAGAAAGGAUGUCCUCUUUUUUUAACGGCGGGCUCUGUCAGAGUGCCAAACAGUUGGCUUUGGUUCUUUAAAGCAUGGAUCAUUUUUAGACGAUGAUUGUAAUUAGAUUCAAAAUAAUUAUGAUGGGACUUUUUAGUUACAAAACUGAUACUUUGGCUUUGGGAAUUAUUCAACUAGUAGUGAUGGUGGGAUGUGAUGUUUGGGUUUAUGUCUCAAUGCAUGGAAAUGGCAAAGAUGAUAUCCAAAGUAAAUUAUCCGAACUUUAUAAAAUAAGAUGUUACUGUUAUCCUCAGAGUCCACAUCUCUCUGAUGUUUUCAUGACUUAAAUGAUGUUUUGACUUAAAUGGAGACUUUUUAAGGCAUUGAAUUGAUGGGGUUAGUAACCAGCUCCCUGACAACAGUGGUAUCUUCUGUCUUCUCACAGUAAGAGAGAUGAUCCUGCACCCAUAUGAGACGCAGUCUGACAGCUUCUACUUUGUGGACAAUAAGCUGGUGAUGCACAACAAGGCAGACUACUCGUACAAUGGCGGGACGUAGAGACAUCACGCUGGCAUGGAGGAUGAAGGAUGUGAGGACUGAUCAGAGGGACAAUUAGAGGACACUGUCGGGGUUAACUUCUUUCAGCCCAGAGGUCUUUCUCUCUCUCUCUCUCUCCUGUUAUUUUUCUUUCUCUCUAUCUUCCUCUCUUUUCUCUAGAUGGGAGAAUGCUGACCAAGAAACGUCCUCGCAGUUGCGAUCUAUGCGUGUGACUGCGUGUGCAAGCAUGGACAAGUUAAAGAAAGCCAGAAAGAAAACAUGCCACACAAUCAACACACGCAUAGAUGAGUUUACAGCUCAGUGUGCAUCUGUAACAAAGUGAUUUUGCAACAUGAUAAACCAGCAAGUGAACAACUUCUUAGGAAAUACAAGAUGGUUUUUGCUCUCUAGCCACAUCAUGUAGUGAAAAAAGUACAAAACUCUGUAUCUUCAAAUAUAGAUAGAAGUUAUUUUCUCAUUCAUGUUCAUGUUAAGAUUUAGGAACAAAUCUUGCAUCUGGAAACGUUUGUUUUUAGGAUUUAAAUGACCGGUUUGAUUAUGUUAUUUUUCAGAUUCAGUGAGCAUGUGUGUGUGUGUGUAUGUGUGUGUAUGCAUACUUUUUAUGAUUGUGUCUGAGAGUCUGUAAGUAUGUUAGUAGCAUGACUACUGGUCUGGUAUAAAUAUAUUGAUCUAAGAGUCAAUAAUGUCGUCAUCUGGUCAAUUAGAUUUAGACCUUUUAGUGCAUUCUUUCCACAAUAGGAAGUAGUUUUGAAUUUAUCAGGGCUAUUUCCUGCUUCCCUCUCCUUGUGUUUCUUAUUCUGUCUCCAGUUGUGUGAUCUGUACAAACUGUAGGCUGUAUGUGAUUGUUAAACAUAACCACAAGGGGGCCGUAGAGUGAGAAGCUCAAACGCUGCUAUGUUAGCUCAUUUAGAAAUAUCAGGAAACCAAAAAAAAAGUGAGGAUUUCAUGUCCUCCUGAUUGAUCAGCACCUGAAAAUAAGAUAAAAGGGGAAAAUAACCACAACGUUUUGAUUGACAAGCAACUCAAAUACAAUUUAUAAUGAAAAUAUGGACAUCAGGCAAUUUUUCGAGGUAAAUCAUCAAACUACGUGUCCUGAAGCUACCUGAAGCUAAGUUUUACAGCUGCUUUUAUAACACCACCAUUGAAAGCUGUAUAAACCGUAAGCUAUUAAAAAGUGAGGUUCCUUUAGUUGUGGUCCGAUGGUUGCUAAAAUACAGUCAGAUGUUCCUCCUAAACUUGAUGAUUUAUUUUCACUUUAGCUGCUGAUCAGUUAAGAGGCAGUGAAAUAAAAACCUCAGUUUGAUAUUAAAACAGCUUCUGAGUAUCCACCUUGAAAACGAUGAGCUAUCUCUGUUCAAAGCACAAAACAUCUAUUGAACCCUCACAAAGAAAGCUUGUAAAAGAGAUCUGAUAUAACCCAGAGCGUACUUUAUCAUCCGUGAACUCAUCCAGCCUCAUGUGGCUUUUUCGAGUGAUAAAGAAGCUGUUGAAAAGUUGUGAUUUGUGUGUCCAAAUUUGAGUUUUUCUGUCUAGGAACUCUUUACGGGAAACGUGGAUUUGUAAAUGUUGAUAUUUUUCCGUCUGAGCUGUGUUGUAAAAGAGGGAGGUUUGGAGAAUGUAGUCCCUGAAAUCUAGCUCUUUUUCAUCUCUGUUUUCUGUUUCUGCAGCAGCCCUAAUCGUGUCUUUCUGUUACCUGUUCCUGCCUCUCGUACUGUUUUCAAGUAUCAUUUUCAUUCUGACACAUUCCAGUGAAUUUGGACCUGAGUGCGGUGAUCUCUGGUUAUUCGAGGGCAUUUAUUUCACAGAUCACACAGCGAUUAGUCGUUGAACUGCUUUCAGACGCCUCUAAACUGUAAUAUGCACACUGAACUGUCCUCCACCUGUGCUGAAACACAGCCUGAUUCAAGUCGUAUCAAACGGUUUUCAUUACAUUUACCACCUGAUUGAACGCACUUAAAAGCCAGAUUCACAUUUUUUUCCAAAACUGCAGUAAACUUCACCCUUCUGUUACAGCAGGUUUAUUCAAAGGCUAAAAAUUUGCCAAUACUUGUUGAACCUGGUUUGUGAAAAGUUGCAGCCAGAGGAAAAGGAAACGUCUUUCUAAAAUUCUCCUGUUGUGAGUUUGCAAAAAAAAAAACAAGGUGGAAAAGAAAUGUGGACAACUCAAAGUUGUAACCAGGAGGGGACUCAGAUUGACUUGAAUGUUAUGUCGAGGUCUAGUAUAGAUUUAUUUAAUAUGAUUGUGUCUCAUGUACAAAUAUUUUGAACUAAUGUGAAGUUUUUAAAUGUUGGUGUGACUGAACAGAAGUAAAAUAAAUCAAAGAUUUAUGGGACUUUUUGAAAUAUAACAGGCCCUCAGUGUUUGUGUUAUGAAGUACACAAUGUGAUAUUUGUUUGGAAUAAAAAAGACUUUGCACCGUAGAUAUACAACGUGAAAAAAAAAUCACUCACUCAGUUGGAAUUUCAUCUUUUGCUUUUUCACUUUAUUUAAGCUGUCCUAAGCACAUCAGAAAAACAACCUCAGCUGCGAUAAUUUUGUGUUGGCAGCCUCUUAUCUCAAAGUUAUCCAUCAACCAAACUUUUUAUCUCUUCAUACUGAACAAAAUGUGAGUAACACCUUCCUGAUAUUGAUUUGUGCGCCCCCUUUUGUUUUUAUUUCCUCAUUGCUAAAGACAUUUUGCAGAGUCACCUGCACUUAUUCCUGCAUCUACUCAAGUGGGCCUCAUUUUUCAUAACGUGCCUGCUGUCUCACCGAGACCUACACGAGACAAAAUGUGCCAGUCUCAUGUCUGUACGUUAAUUGUUAAAUUGGCGCUGGUUGAUGAUUACCUGAGUGUAGCAUAAAGAUAAAAACAGGAUCAAAGCUGGCCUUGCAUUGUCAUAAGGUAAAGAUUUGCCAACAAGCACUUUUCAUGCCCACUCUUUUACGAGUUUGAUCGAUCCAGGGUGCUAAAAAGGUUUAAUCAGAGGACGAUGUCCAGGAGGCCACUACACAAGAACUAAUCAAGUACAAAAUCAAUGAACAUUUUUAAUUUCAGUUACUGUUUGGCUUGAAAAAAAAGACAUAAUCUUAAUCUGACAUGUACAGAUCCUGUUUUCUUUCUUUGACGUGUGUCAUCUGACUUUAAGACGGAGUUCGCCUGUCUGUCAGCAAAGUGAACCAGCUGUUCGAUGUUUUAAACUGGAUGUUCGAUACGGAUUGAAAUCGAUACUGAUGUCUCGUCUUGACCUUGAAGAGUAAAAGAGACCAUCAGAAACAGGACUGACAAUUUUUAGCAGCUUUUGAGAGAGUGUUAUUCAUCUGAAAAAUAAAUAGAAAUAAUUCAAAAUGUCCACUAUUCCUGUUUCAUAUUGGGAAACUAUAACCAAAUGUAAGUUUAAAAUAUCAAAUUUUGCAAACAACCACAACUUUGACAUUUACGGGAUGUGAUAUAAAAGAUAUGACAUAUAAAGUCAGUGCUUGUCCAUCAUAAAAACAGCUUCAAAAAUACAGAUAAACAACAACAACAAGAACACAACAGAAAGACUUAGUUAAUAAGUUAAAUUAACAAACACCAUUCAUUCAUUUUCUGCUCAUUUAAAUGCUAUGUGUUUACAUCAUGUGGUAUUAGUAGUCAUUACAUCAAAGUGUACUGCAUAUUUACAUAUUAAUACAAUUAAAAGAUUAAAUUAUAUUCAGGGGAUCUGACCUCAUAAACACAGUUUUUUUUGUUCUAUCAUUAGAGAUGGAAAUAUCGAACUCUAACAGAGAUUUCACAGUUUAUUUUUCACCAGGUCCUGGUUUCAUUGCAUCACAAGUUUGAAUAUAAUUUCAGCAUCAAGUAUUUCUGUUUUUCAGUGAGUAAAAUGGAUCUACAUGGUUUUAUACUUGGAUCUGGUUCAUCUCUAAAUGUAUUCUUUUACUUUAAGGAAAUAAAAAGUGUUGAAAUACA